ACAUGAGGAUCCUAGUGACAGGGGGCUCUGGACUGGUGGGUCGGGCCAUCCAGAAGGUGGUUGCAGAUGGUGCUGGCCUGCCAGGAGAGGAAUGGGUGUUUGUCUCCUCCAAAGAUGCAGACCUCACGGAUGCAGCACAGACCAAAGCCCUGUUCCAGAAAAUCCAGCCCACCCAUGUCAUCCAUCUUGCUGCAAUGGUGGGGGGCCUGUUCCGGAAUAUCAAAUACAAUUUGGACUUCUGGUCCCCAGGAGAGUGGCAGACAGAACCUCCUUCAGCCCUGGUGGGGGCAGUGGUGUCUGUAAGGUCAUGCUGGGAGGCUGUGUCUUGUUCUGGGUACAGGACAAACAGCUAAAGAGGAAGAAUGUACACAUCAAUGACAACGUCCUGCAUUCUGCCUUUGAGGUGGGCACCCGCAAGGUGGUGUCCUGUCUGUCCACCUGUAUCUUCCCUGAUAAGACUACCUAUCCCAUCGAUGAGACCAUGAUCCACAAUGGGCCUCCGCACAGCAGCAAUUUUGGGUACUCCUAUGCCAAGAGGAUGAUUGACGUGCAGAACAGGGCCUACUUCCAGCAGCAUGGCUGUACCUUCACUGCAGUCAUUCCCACCAAUGUGUUUGGCCCUCAUGACAACUUCAACAUUGAGGAUGGCCAUGUGCUCCCAGGCCUCAUCCACAAGGUGCACCUGGCCAAGAGCAGCGGCUCGGCCCUGACUGUGUGGGGUACCGGGAAGCCACGGAGGCAAUUCAUCUACUCGCUGGACCUGGCCCGACUCUUCAUCUGGGUCCUGCGGGAGUACAGCGAGGUGGAGCCUAUCAUCCUCUCAGUGGGUGAAGAAGAUGAAGUCUCCAUCAAGGAGGCAGCCGAGGCUGUGGUGGAGGCCAUGGGCUUCCAUGGGGAAGUCACAUUUGAUACGACCAAAUCAGAUGGACAGUUUAAGAAGACAGCUAGCAAUGGCAAGCUUCGGACCUACCUGCCCGACUUCCAGUUCACACCCUUCAAGCAGGCUGUGAAGGAAACCUGCACUUGGUUCACCGACAACUACGAGCAGGCCCGGAAGUGAAGACGUGAAGGGAGCAGGUGCUCAGCUGGCAAAGCUCAGCAGCCCUUGGCCUCAGACCUUGUCAGGGGCCAAGGAUGCUGCCCAGCAAUCCAGCCCAUAUCCCACCCCCUCUGCUGGGGGCUCCAGGCAGCUGGGCGGCAAGGCCCUUUUUCUGUCUGUCCUCAGGGAAACCAGGCCCAGGCGGCCCAGGACCUCCCUCCCUGCCGUCCCUGCCUUAGUCCGCUCUGGUUCCACUAUCCUGAGUCUGGGACCCAAUAAAGUGCAUUUUCAUAGGC